UCACCGCCUGACACUGGUCAUGUGAUGUAAUUCUGACCUUUUGAUCAGCUGCAGAGGCUGCUGCAUAUGGCUGUCUCCCAGCAACACAAAGGGAUCCUGUGCGCAUGCCACACAGGACUGUAAUGCUCCUUGACAGAGCCAUGUAUUGGUGAAACAUAAGUUGGCUGGUUUUUGCCUGCAAUUGGGUUUCGUGUGGUGUGCAGACAGGAUCCCUUACCAACUCCUGGAGAGAUCUGUAUGCACCACUCAGCUGGCAUAAAUGGGACCCCUCCUUUUUGUUCCACAUGCAGUGGGACCUGUACUGCAAAUUCUGGGUGCACGUGUGCAACAACCUUGGCAUCAUGCCUACCAGAUUCCCAAACUUGUCUCUUAAACUCUACAGCCUGCUGCCUCUCAGGCCUCUCCUGGUACCCACCACUGGCCUGCUGUAUAGAGGAGCCAUACUGUACCCCAGCAUGUCUGUCAGAUGAAGUGUGCCAAUAUGCAAACAGCACUGCAGUCUGUGCAGCUAAUACAACCUUCUACCAAACCCUGGACCUUAGUGUGCAGAAUUUGAGCGCUAUAGUGACUUGCAAAGGCUCCAACAUGACAGUGUCUGUGAAUAAGAAUUUGCUGGAGGCUCUGCAUUACAAUCCUGCUGCAUCUACAUUGUCACAGUACACCUGUACAGGUGCAGUAGUCAGCACACUGGAAGGCCAGCGUGUUUACUCACUGACUGUGCAAAGCAGUUAUGGUACAUGUGGAAAUACGAUGACAAAAAAUGCAACCCAUGUAAAAUACACAAACACUCUUAAUAUUCCUGGAAACAUCAGUAAUGGAAUUAUCACUGUCUCAAACAUCAGCGCUCAGUUUUCCUGCACAUACAAUAUUACCAUGGAGACAUCUCUGUACACCGUGUUCAAUCCAGUUCUGAGUACACAGAACCUGAAUACGGGAAGCACAGCUGGCGAGGCUGCCACAACACUUGCAGCCUAUGUCAGCCCAACAUACACUGAUCCCUUGGUGGAAUCACAAAUGCAAAACGUAGCUGUGGGAUCAACCCUGUAUUUUGGGAUGAGCACAACGUUCGCUGAUCCUGCCUUUGUUCUGCGGGUAGAACAGUGUUUUUCUACUCCUACUAGUGACGGUUCCGGUUCAGUUAAAAUACAACUGCUCCAAGGAGGUUGUUCAAGCACUAGUGGACCAAGUAUCCAAGUGGUUGAGAAUGGGGAUUCCAAAGAGGUCAGAUUCAGUGUUACCACUUUCGCCUUCCGUGGAUUUAGUAAUGUCUAUAUAUUCUGUGAUGCUCGGCUGUGUAACACUGCAAGUGAGAAAUGUUCAUCAUGUUCAUCAUCUCGUGAUAUUUCUGAAGGGACUGCACAGUUCACUCUAGGACCUUUCAUAUUCACUGCUUUAGAUUAUACAGAUAAUUCUGCCAUCUCUCAUGGAGGUUUGUCCUUUACUUUACUGUUGGGGAGCCUAUUGAGCCUUUGGAUACUGCUUUUAUCUGAAAUUGUAUAAUGUUGGAAAAUAACUAUCGGAAUGGAGGAAAAGAGCUGUCAUGCAGCUAGUCAGUCAUUCAUGCAGACUGAGGAGAUCCUAGGAACUUUAUUAUAUUUUUUCGUUAUUCCUUAAUAUUGCUACUGUCUAAGCUUGCAAAAUAA